CCAAGAUUCUGACAUGGUUAUUUGUCAGCAAACACUUUGAAUUUCAAUCGUAACAAUCUUGAUCUAAGCCGUAAGCAUAUGGAUAAACUUAAAAAUAUACAUCUUUAAAAAAAUUUUGACCGUGAGAAUUACGAAAAGAAUUUAGGGAACGUUAUGAUAAAUUUAACCGAAGGAAUACGCCUAAAGAGUUCGAAAAUUGAAUUUGAAAUAAAAGGAACAUCCAUCAAUGUCAAGUUUUGCAAUUUGAAUCCAUAGUCGAAAAUAAUGGACAAUGACACACAACAUUAUGUAUGCCACCAUGCCAAUUGCGGUAAGCAAUUUACCACCGCAAGAAUUUUGACGCAACAUAUUAUAGAGGAACAUGGAGGACCGUAUAAAUGUAUCUUCUGUCCAGCUACAUUUCAUAAUCGUAAUCUCUUAAACAUUCACAUACGGGGAACACAUAGCGAAAAUCCUUAUGUUUGCGAGAUAUGCAAGAAAAGUUUUAGAACUAGAGGUGAACUAAACAGGCACCGAGUUAUACAUAGCGAUGAAAGACCGCAUGAAUGUUGGGUGUGUUUCAAAGCAUACAAGAGAGAAAAUGAACUUGAUCGACACAUUGAAACUCAGGGUCACUGGCUACAUCAUUACAUACAUAAUAAAAAACCAAAAUAAUUAUGUAAUUGACAACGAAAGAGAUAAAGAACAAUUAUAACCUCAAAAAUAAUAGCAAAUAAUGAUUAAUAAUAAUGACGAACUGAUGAAAGAAGUGAAGAAUAAAGAUGUAACUUUUAAGAUUUUAUAUGUAUAGACAGAAGUAUUUCAGAAGAUAUAACUUUUCUCGGAGGUACAAUUGAACAUUGUCAGACGUACCAUCGAGUAAAUGAGUAAGGAACUUGAAAAAGAUAUUAUGAAAUCACUCCCGGAAUAAAAUAUGUUGGGUGUAUGAUAGGAGCUACAAGCGAAAAAAUGCAUUUGCUAAACACAUUCAAACUAAGGGUCUCUAAAGUCAUCACCUGUAGAACAAUCGAAGAACAAACUGCAAAUGACAACGAAAGAUAAAGAACAAUUAUAAUUACUUAUAACAUUGUCAAAUAAUGCCUAAUAAUAAUGACGAACUGUUGAAAGAAGUGAAGAAUAAAGAUGUAACUUUUAAGAUUUUAUAUGUAUAGACGGGAAUCUUCUAGAAUUUACAACUUUUCUCGGAGAGCUUAAACUACUAACAAUGGCAAUACGAUGGUAAUGUUAAUACGAAAUGAGUAAAUGAGUAAGGUACUUGGAAGGGAUAG